CUCUCUCUCUCUCUCUGUUUUCAUAUGUAUGGCGUUUAUCGAAUUAUGUUGGUUUUAGCAGCAACCCAGGGUUUUGAAGGAAAUAGUAACCUGGGGCUGUGAAAUAUACCAAGAAGAAAAUAGCUCGUGAGAUGCACGGAUUGUAUUCGAAACUCUUCAAGACGGGGUUUUAAUUAAAAUUGACCUCUCAGCAAUAUUUUUUUUCUUUAGGAGCUUCAUCACUUUUUAGUUGGCCUUCCCAAUUUUAGGGUUUCCUUGUCCUUAACCAAAAAAAAUAAUUAAUAAUCACCAGCUUUUUUGAAAUCUGUGGCUUAUCAGCAGUGAAAAAAAACAUUAAAAUAAAAUAAGCCUCAUUUCAUAUUAUAAAUCCACACUAAAUAAUUUAGAGAAAAAAUGUUACAGGGCUUUGGGGUUGAUGACAAUAUGUCCAAUUUAACUUCAGCGAUUUCCAAUGAAGCCAGCAUAUCAUCCAUUAGUAACAACAUGAAUGAGAUGGCAAAUAGUGCCAUUAAUGCUCAUCCACUCCAAAAUUUUCAGUCCUUUUUCUCUUCUUCUCAUAUUAAUAAUAAUAAUAAUAAUAUUAACAAUAAUAAUAAUAAUCAAGUCCAAGCUGCUCCCACCAAGAAGAGACGAAAUCUUCCCGGCCAUCCUGACCCAGAGGCUGAUGUGGUGGCAUUAUCCCCAAAGUCCCUAAUGGCGACAAACCGAUUCAUGUGCGAGAUAUGCAAUAAAGGAUUCCAGAGGGACCAAAACUUGCAAUUACACAGAAGAGGCCACAAUUUGCCCUGGAAGCUCAAGCAGAGGAACAAACCCAAGAAGAAAGUGUAUGUCUGCCCGGUGCCCGGCUGCAUUCACCACGAGGCUGCCCGGGCACUGGGGGACCUGACCGGGGUCAAAAAGCAUUAUUCAAGAAAACAUGGGGAGAAAAAGUGGAAAUGCGAAAAGUGCUCCAAGAGAUACGCGGUGCAGUCGGACUUGAAGGCCCAUGCCAAGGUCUGCGGCACGCGCGAGUACAAAUGCGAUUGCGGUACUCUCUUCUCCAGGAGGGACAGCUUCAUCACCCACAGGGCCUUCUGUGAUGCCCUUGCCCAUGAAAGCUCAAAAUCAACAACACAAAACAACCCACUUUUCUUUCCCAUCCAAACAUCCCCUAACACCACCACAACCCAAUUAAUUUCCCAACAAAAUAUAAACUUCAACAAUUUCCCACAUCACCAGCUCAAAGAAGAAAGCCUCCCCUUGUGGCUAUCCCCCAAGCCGCCAACAAGGGUAGAAUCGUCAUUUCACCAAAACCCUACAAACCCUAGCGGCCCCAUCUCAUUUCCGUUUUCUUCUUCGCCUUCUAAUUCCCUCAUGUUGCCAACCGCACUCCUCCAGAAGGCUGCUCGAAUGAGCCGCGUGGGCAUGCUGCCCCAAAACGAAUUCGGGCACGUGCUCCGCAACUGGGGCAGCAUGCAUGACGUGGGUAUGACGUCAGCAAAUGGUGGAUUGGGGUUCGAAUACGGGUUUGACGAGAUUUUGGAGUCGGGCAAGGGUUUGACGAGGGAUUUUCUGAAUAUGGCGGCUCUGGAGCAGAUGGGGUCUCAGCCCUUCGAUCGUCAUCAAGUUCGACAGAAUAAUCAAGGGCAGUGGGGGAGUUGA